CUGAUUUCCGAUCAGUACUGAUCAGUUCCAUACUGAUUUACCUCAUUUUCACACUCGAGAGUUUUGGCAUGUAAGGACCUCUUCCUGGGAAAGUACUGAACUACUCCUGCAUCUGCUAGACAUGGUCACACUACUGUGUGCAUUAUUCUUGCUCUGGACAAGGCUAACUCCAGUAUGGACAUCAAGUCAUGGCAUAGUAUCUACAUGCUUCUGUCUGGUCCAGUUUCUGUUCCAUUGACUUGAGGUGAUACUUUUUUGUGGAAGUCUUCGCUGUAUACAGAUUUAUCUUUAUCUAUCAAGAUGUUCUUGGAACAUUUCUCAGAAGAAAGGAUCAUACCUGCAAACUGGCCUCACAUAGGUAACACUGAGAAUGUGUGACUACCCAGGACAUUGAGGUGGUGUUAGUGUCUGUUGGACUCUGAUAGCCAAGUGUAAGAGCACCUUGCCCGUCAGUGUACCAGGUGUUCCCUGGGGCAGUACCAAGAGAGGAGAAAGAACUUGAAGAUGCGCUCUAAUGGUGUCUGGGAUGAUAGUAGACCUCCCAGACAUGGAAGAAAAUCCUGCCUCCCUUUUGGCUCUUUGGAAUCAGCACCAAGAAGGGUACCCAUAAAUUUUCUUUUGGGAGAAGAGAAGGAUACUCCAUUCAGACUCAGGAUCUGAAUACAGAACCAGGACAUGUCUGAGACUGUGCUGGGCAUCCAGAUCUCUUUGUAGAGACAGAAACUCCAGAGACAGCAGCCAAGUGGGUUUGGGAGGAGAGAAGCUCAGGAAAUAAGGGAAUCAACACAAGAUGCAACAGAUGUACCAAUGCCACAGUUGGAGAAUUCUGGCUGCCUAGCUGAAGCAUUUGAUCAGAUGUCUGGCAACAUAAGUGAUGAUUCUUGACAAAUUUUCCUGACAACAAAUGGAAAAGAAGGAAAACAUGUUGCUUUUUGACUUCUAGAGAGACAUGGGAAGGGACACUGGAGUUUACAAAAUGCAUUCCGGAAAAUGGAAGUUUGAAGAUGAUAAACUAAACUGAUUUUCUGAUUGCCAAGACAAGUCUAGGGAAGAGGACAGAGAAGCUAUGGCAGGGAGACUGCAUAAUGGGGAAAAGAAGCUGGGAGAGCAAGAGUUCCAGCAGAAGCUGUUCAGGGAGUACAUGCAUUGCCCGAAGGCUGGCUGCACGAUGGUCACAGGUUCAUUUUUAUGAAUGGGAAUACUGGGAAUUCUCCAUACUCAUUAUGUGCGAGAGAUUCACAGAUGUCCUUUGCAAAUCUGCUUGUGAAAGGCUGGAUGCUUUGAGACAACAGCAGAAAAGAAGAAAUGGAGUUUCAAUGAUGGUAAACAAGACUGUUCCUCGUGUUGUUUUGACACCAUUAAAGGUGUCCGAUGAGCAGUCGGAUUCACCUUCAGGAUCGGAAUCUAAAAAUGGUGAAGCAGAUGGUUCUGAUAAAGAGAUGAAACAUGGGCAAAAGUCUCCAACUGGAAAGCAAACAAGCCAGCACUUAAAGAGAUUAAAAAAAUCUGGUUUAGGACAUUUGAAAUGGACCAAAGCUGAGGAUAUUGACAUAGAAACACCGGGAUCUAUUCUAGUGAACACUAACCUGAGGGCUUUAAUAAAUAAACACACCUUUGCUUCUUUACCUCAGCAUUUUCAACAAUACCUCCUGCUUUUGCUUCCAGAAGUAGACAGGCAGAUGGGGAGCGAUGGAGUUUUGCGCCUCAGUAGCUCCGCUCUAAAUAACGAGUUCUUCGCAUACGCGGCACAAGGGUGGAAACAGCGACUGGCAGAAGGAGAAUUUACACCAGAAAUGCAGUUGCGCAUCAGACAAGAGAUUGAAAAGGAAAAGAAAACAGAACCUUGGAAGGAAAAGUUCUUUGAAAGGUUUUAUGGUGAAAAGUUGGGAAUGUCAAGAGGAGAAUCAAAGAAGCUCACUGCAGUGCAGAACAAUGAUGAAGAUGAAAGCAAUUCUUUGUGCAGAUCUUCUGCCACACCUGGUCCUUCUAAGCAAACAACCUUUGAGGAUCAAGAGGAGAAAGGUGCUAAAGUUCAGGCUUUACCAGUGAGCGAUUAUAGUCCGUCUCGUUGUAGUAUGGAGCAGGUUCCUGUCAAGGAUCUAACAGCAGAUUCUGAUGAUAUCCUGAUACCUGAAGAAUCAGUAAUUCAGGAGGAAAUUGCUGAAGAGGUCGAGACAAGUAUUUGUGAAUGCCAGGAGGAGAAUCAUAAGCCAGAACAUGAGUUUUCUGAGGAGUCUGUAAGUCCAGCUGGCACAAAUGAGGAAACAGAGGCAGUACAGCUUGCAGACAGCACUGAGUCCUGUGUCAUGAUGAAUGAUGUAACUGAUACUGUAUCUCGCAUUGAAAUUAAAGUGGAGUUGAAGUCAGAAUGCCCUCAGGAGGAGAUGUCAGUUGUGACAGAUCAGCUGGAGGAUUGCAUAUCACCAGCACGAUCAGCUUCAUCCACAAACUCUGUCAGUGGUACAGCUGAGAAGGAUUCUGAGUCUGCAAAAGGGCUAAUUGUGCCAGAAAUGCAAAGUGCUGCUCUGGAAGGCUCCUUGUUCACUGGUGGAGGCAUUGCAGUGGAUAUGGAGCUUCAUAGUGACCCUGAGGAGCAGUUGUCUGAGAAUGCUUGUAUUUCUGAAACUUCCUUUUCCUCUGGAAGUCCAGAAGUUUGUAUUGCCUCUCCUGGAGGAGACACUCAGUCGACUUCAGAGGAGCCCUGUACUCCAGCAUCUCUUGAAACAGCUUGCUCAUCUGAAGUGUCCAGUUCUGAAAAUAUUGAAGGUGAUAUUCAGCAGAAGGCCAGUGAUGAAAACUUGAACACACCCUUAAUGUCGGAAAUCUCUCCGAUGUCCACCUCACCUGUAACCUCAGAAGCAUCUUUGAUGUCAAAUUUACCUUUAACAUCAGAGGCAUCACCAGCUUCUAAUUUGCCUUUAACAUCAGAAACAUCUCCAAUGUCUGAUUUGCCUUUAACAUCAGAAACAUCUUCAGUAUCUUCUGUUCUUCUAACUUCUGAAACAUUUGUGACAAAGAGUUUGCCUCUUCCAUCAGAGAUAUCUCCAGUUUCUAAUUCCCCAAGCAGUGAAGGACUUACUCUGCAACAAAGGAAAUCACCUUUGUUGGAAGACUCCCUUCCCACUCUGAAAGAAGAAAGCUCUGUCAUUCCUAAGGUGGUUCAAGAAGAGAACCUUGUUCAGCCAAAACAACUUCAGAGUGCCCCUGAAAAUAUGAAAGUUGGUCCACUAACAAUUAUACCUGAUACUUCAGUAUUGGAAGAGUCCCAAAGCAAAAACCUCAGUCAUCAGCCAUGUAAGACACAUUCUGAAAUCGAGAAAUCCUACAUUGCAUCUAUCCCAGAACACACUCCUCCAGAGGUGAUCAAAAAUAAAAAUCACAGUGUUCAGCAAAGAGGUGACAAGAAAGGUACACUUUUGCCCUCAGAGGUGUCUGUCUUAUCAGAAGGAUCACUUGGCAAAAAUAUCGAAUUGCUUCCAUCAAAGGCACAUGAUAAACUAUAUACCUCAUCUCUAGAGAAAGCUACAUUCUCUGAAGUAUGCAGAAGUAAAUCUCACAAGCUAACAGGCAGCACCCAAAGUCGUCUAGAGAGUUCACAUUCUUCCAAGUCUUUAGAACCCACAAAAUCACCAGAAGCAAGAAAUGAAAGUAGAGACCCAGAGAUCCCAAAGAGGAAAACAGCAGAACAGCACGGUUUUGGAAUCUGUAAAGAGAAGAGAGCUAGAAUAGAUGAUGAUCUGCCUAAUCGUAGUGCUUCAUCAACAAGUCCAUCUGAUAAAGAACAGCCACCCAGAGAGGAGCCCCGAGUUCCACCCCUUAAGAUUCAGCUUUCAAAAAUUGGACCACCUUUUAUCAUCAAGAGCCAGCCUGUUUCUAAACCAGAACCUCGAGUUUCCCCAAGUACGUCAGUCAGCAGUGGGAGAAACACUGGGGCUAGAACUCUGGCAGAUAUCAAAGCAAGAGCUCAGCAAGCAAGAGCCCAAAGAGAAGCUGCAGCUGCAGCAGCCGUGGCAGCAGCUGCCAGCAUAGUCUCUGGUGCAAUGGGGACCCCAUGCGAAGGUGGGAAGACAAGAACGCUGGCACACAUCAAGGAGCAAACAAAGGCCAAACUAUUUGCAAAGCAUCAAGCCAGAGCUCAUUUACUCCAGACUAAUAAAGAAUCAAAGUCACAGUUCAGCUCAAAGGAAAGUAGUACCUCAUCUCUGGAGAUACCAACGACUACUGACACGAAGAUUGAAGGUUCUACUGGUGUUAUUAUAGUUAAUCCUAACUGCAGGUCCCCUAGCAACAAGUCUUCUCAUCACCGUGAGACCACCACUUUAUUGCAGCAGUCCCUUAACACAGCUACAUUACCAGAAACUGCUACUGAGAUACCUGUGCACAGUUCUGAUGAAAAUAUACCUGUGCCACAAUUGUGUGAGAAAAUUAUUUCAUCUACCUCUACUGAAAGUAACAGUGUGCCAGUGCUUUAUAAUAAAAGUUCAGUCUCUGUGUGUGUUUGCAGCACUGCUAUGUCUGGAGCAAUUAAAGAACUUUCUUUUGCAAGUUCUGUUGAUAAAUCGUCUGUGUUAGUGUCUGUUGACAGCGCAAACACAGCAAUUUCAGCCUGUAAUAUAAAUGUGCUGAAAACCAUCCAAGGGACUGAUACUCCAUGCAUAACUGUUGGACCAAAAUGUAUUGAUAACAGUAAUGUACCGGUCUCCAUAGACAACACAGUCUUAUCAAAUGCCAUCGAUGACAAAAGGUUGCCAGUACCCAGUAGCAAUGUGAAUAAUGUGGUCUCCAGUCAUUAUGCCACUGUGCCAGCUUCAUCUAUUGCAAGUAACUUGCCAAAUCAUCUCUCUGGUAGUUCUGUACUGAUUCCCCCAGUGGGGGCUACCAACAGAUUUCCUUCUGAUAAGAUAGCCAUAACCAGGUGUAGCGAGCAGAGCACUGUCUCCAUCCACACUACCGUCAGGUCAGCUUUAAGUUGCAGUGAGGCCCUUGCAGCAGCAGAUUCUGUUGCAAGGCCGCCUAUCUCAAUGUUUACUGGUAACAUGGUGACAAUAAACUCUUAUGAUAACGCUACUAAAUUGAAUGCUGAUCUCUUAGAAAAAAGCUCUGGAGCACGAAGCCGGAUGGAUCUCUCUGGUAAAUCUCAUCCACUGAGCUUUACACAAACUGCCAUGAAUAGGUCUAUACCUUGUAAAGUCAUUGUUGACCACACUACGAACCAGAAUUCCAGUCUGUCACUUUCUUCCUCUAUUGAAAACACAGAGAACAGCAUUGACCUGCAGAGCAGACCUGUAAGGACAGAAGCUGCCUUACAAAGUAUAGCUUGUCCUCAGGUGUCUGUCAUAAGCAGGCCUGAAGUGGUUGCUAAUGAAAACCUUGAGCACAGUUCCAGCUAUAUCGCCAUUACAGCAAAGCAAGACAGCAAAAACUUGCAAGCAGGUUGUUCAAGUCUUCGAGAAGUGCCUCUUGCUCCUCAAGAUAAAUUAAUUGAGGUGGUUACUACCAGCCAAGGCUUUGCUGAGCAACUAAGAGGUCCUUCAGCACUGAAAAAUGAAGCCAAUGCUGCCUGUGCCAAUCAGUACAACACUAACAAUAGAAUUUGUUGGCGUGAUGAGGAGGCAAUGAAUACAGACCAGCCAGUGGUCAGCCAUCUUACCUCUGGUAAGCAUAAGGAAUACGCAGAGCAAAACUGCUUGAAAAAUGUCAAAAGCGAACCUUCCAGUUACACACAAAUGUCAGAACUGCAAUCCAGGAGUCUUUUGACAAGCAUUGCUGUUCCCGUUAAACUGGAAACUAAUGAGACUGACAAGUGCUUCAGGAUGGACACCGAGGAUUUUACAGGACCUGAAAUGCCUGCCCAGAGUGCAGAAAUAGCCACGAGUGUGCAUCCACCACAGACCUCCAAGACAUCCAUCGCGGACUCCAUGGAAGACUCCCUGUCCCUGACAACGGAAACCCUAAAGAGAGUUACGAGUGCCGGGGGCUCCAGCUGUCGCUUGUCGUCAGUGGAGGCCAACAACCCCUUAGUGACACAGUUACUGCAAGGCAAUCUGCCUCUAGAAAAAGUGCUGCCGCAGCCCAGAUCAGGAGCCAAACUAGAAAUUAACAGGCUUCCCUUGCCUUUGCAAUCUACCUCAGUAUGUAAAACAGUAGUGGCUGAGAGAAAUAUCGUUGAACAUGCUUCCAACUCUCCUAAUCCAGAUGGUAAAGGAUUUACAGCAGGCAGCAUAGCCCCGCUACAAAUCAGAAAGCGUGAAAACCAUCCGAAAAAGAGGAUGGCCAGGACUAUAGGGGAGCAUGCUCAAAUUAAAUGUGAACCUGGGAAGGUGUCAAUGGACACAGAUGUCAAAGUGGCUCCUUGUGUAAUUAGUUCCAGCAUGAAUCAGCUAGGGCACGGACAGCCAUUUAAGCAGGAGUGGCUUAACAAACACACCAUUCAGAGCCGGAUCGCUCACAGCCCAGAGAUCAAGCAGCAGAAGAGACCAUUGCCUUCAUGCAGUUUCCAGCAGAGCUUAUUUCACAUUGAUAAAAAUGGCAGCUUUCACGCAGAAGCCAGUACCUCACAUAGACAGCAUUUUUACCAAAUGUCCAUGGCUGCAAGAGGCCCCAUUCCUACGGCAGCUUUGUUGCAAACUACUUCAAAAGGCCCACCUGGCUGCAACUCAUUUACUUUUAGCAGACACCUGGAACAGAAGGGUUUGGGAGACGUGAAUAUUUCUACAGCAGCUCACCAGCUGAGGCUAGGAAGUGUGUUUUCCCCUAAUAUUCAAAUUAAGGAAGGUGAUGACAUUGCCAGUGCCUCUCAAACUCUGCAGAGUAAAACAUUAACGCAUCCCCCUGCUCCCCCUCCGCCCCUGCCACCUCCUCCUCCUCCUCACCCAAAUGCAGAAGUCCCCUCUGAUCAAAAACAACCGACAGUUACUAUGGAAACCACUAAAAGACUUAGUUGGCCUCAGCCAGCAAGCAUCUGUAGCAAUAUAAAAUCUGAACCUAUUUCUUUUGAGGAAGGUUUAAGCAGCAGCUGCGAACUGGGCAUGAAACAAGCUUCCUAUGAUCAGAACGAAGUGAAAGAACAGUUAAAAGCAUUUGCAUUAAAAAAUGCAGAUUUCUCUUCCUAUUUACUUUCUGAGCCACAGAAGCCUUUUACCCAACUUGCUGCUCAGAAAAUACAGACGCAGCACCCACAGCAGCAGCAGCAGCAGCUCUGUGGAAAUUAUCCAACAAUACACUUUGGUAGCACAAGUUUCAAAAGGGCGGCAUCUGCAAUUGAGAAAUCGAUUGGGAUUUUAGGAAGUGGUUCAAACACUGCCACAGGCCUGUCUAACCAGAACGCGCAGAUCCCGGUUCAGAAAUUUGCUGACAGCAGCAACGCUGACGAGCUGGAACUGAAAUGCUCCUGCAGGCUGAAAGCCAUGAUCGUGUGCAAAGGCUGCGGAGCCUUCUGUCAUGAUGACUGCAUAGGGCCUUCCAAACUGUGUGUAGCUUGUCUGGUGGUGCGGUAGGAGCUCAGUCAAAGAUGCAGUAUCCCUUAUAAACGUGGAGAGCAGGACAAAGGAACAGAGAAAUUGGAACAGUUUAGGCCACUAAUGGUUUGCAAUUAGUGGAUUGAUUUUUUUUUAACAGUUUUGUUUUGUUUGGGUUUUUGUUGGGUUUUUUUUGUUUGUUUGUUUAUUUGGUUUUUUGUUUUGAUUUUUUUCUCCUACGUGGUGCUUUCAGAACUUAGUUAUUCUGCCUGAGUGCCAUUUUCUGGGAAGAAGAGACCUGUAGAAGUAGUUUAAAAAAAAAGGAUAGCCUUGUUACUGAGGCAUCUAUGAGCUCUCUUGCUGUGCUAAAAAGAAAAAGAAGAAUGCAUUAAUGCAUGUAAUUCUUAGCUUCUAUUUAUUUGCACAAAGUGCAGCACAUUUUUUCUCCACUGUUUGAUGUUUGAUAUGAGCUGCAGGUUAAAGAUCAGUGGAAGAAUAGCACUGUAAGAAGUGGAGUAACUAUGCAGAACGAAUAACACACUGAAUAGCAGCUGGUGUGAGCGGGGUAGUGGCAAGGUGUGGGGUGCCGACCAUUGUAGAUUCUAAAUCAGUUUGCAGUCUUUCUGCUGACAAGAUUGUUUUCUUCAAUUGACUUUCACUAUCUAGGGCUAAAAUAUAGUCACUUCACCUAACAAAAGAAAUUUUAAAAAGGAAUUUAAAUGGUUAGAGAAGUUUCCUAAUGUGCCUGCCAGGGACUGUGGAACUCAAAUCUUACUCAUCAUCUCUUCUUUGUUAAUUCCUUGAGAAAGAUUUGUGGUGAGUUAGCGGAACCAACACUGGAAACACAUUGGCUUCAGUAGAGUCUGGAGAAGAUAACUUCUCUGCUGGAGAUUAGAAAUCUCUUUUCUCUUUCUGUUUCUCACUCAAAUGGUCUUCAUUUGUUUUUGUUUCUCUAAUCUGUCCACUAGGUUUGUCAGUCCCAAAUAUAUAUAAAAUUAAGGUCAGACAUAGAAUUGGUUCUUGAGGUUGUAGUCUUUUUGUGGCCUAAAAAUGAUGCAUUCAUCUCAUGAACGAAUAAGGAAAGAUUUUAAUUGCAUAUUGGUUGAAUGUUAGCUUAUAAUUUCUUUUUCCUCUUAUGUGAGUUACUCUAUUUAAAUAACAUCUGAGAGUUUUGCCAUUUAAAUAAUCCUUAGAAGUACUUACAACACUGAUUUUUUUUUUCUCUCAAUGAAAGUCAGACCCCUUUUAGAAAUUUGGAAGCAAAGUCUAUUUUUAAAAGGGAUACUGCAUCUUUAAAGUAACCUUCAGUAGUUAUCCAGUACUGUAUUUACAUUCAGGACUAUAGCUGCAUUCCAGAUGUGCUAGCCACCAUAACAGCAGAAAAGAAAAACAGUGAUUUUGGAGUCCUAUUCACCUAAAAGGAAAAUAUGAUAAAGGGAUAAAGCACGUGCAGUUGCUGGGGAGAUGAAAACACCUUGGGUUUUUCUUUACUCCCACUUCCAAGAACACAACAUGUGGAGUUUAAGUCACCUGCCAGUAUGUGGUUGGGUCUGCCCAAAUGUCAGCAUCAAGAGAAACACGUUUUUUUUACCAUCACAGUAGAACCUCACUAAUCCAAAGACCUUACAGCCUGCCUGAGCAAACUGAUUUUCCUUGCACAGUUUUAAGAGAGCAGUGUAGUAAGAAUGUGUGAGAUGUAAGACUGCUUGGUUUCUUCAUGCAGUGAACUGUUGCAUUCUGAAGUACCAAUGUGAAUGAUAGAGCUACAUUUAGGAAAUUAAAAGUAUGCUAUAUUUUAGAGCAUACUUUUUUUGUCUGAUCUUUGUGUGCUUUUCAUCAGCUGUAACCAGUCUCCCUGGCUCGGGGGCUUAUUAGUGAGGUUCUGCUGAGUGAAGGAACCAUAUUUAUUUUCUUGCGGGACCAUUCUCACAAACAUGAUAAAUGCCGUUUAUUGUCUUAAAAGUGAGCUGGAAUAUCUACAACAUACAUUCCUGUCAUAGGAAGCUCUAUGGUGCACCUUGAUGUUCUCUUUUAUUGUAAUUAGCAACAUAUCAAUAUUAUUUUUGACACUGUGUGGUACAAAGGCCAUUUGUAAUAACUAACAAAUUUGUUGCUGAUACAGUAAUACUUUUUUUUCUAUACAAAAGUGCUCCUUAAUAUGACAUGUGAACUAAGGAAUGGCUUCUCAGCACUUUCAGGUCUUCUGGUAGGAAAAUAAGCCAGCCAAGCAAAAACCUAAAAGUAACCAAGUGAAAAUUAGCAUCACUGCUAUGCCAGCUGCUGGUGAAACAGCAACUGGGCAAUACUCAUGAGUAAGCAUGAGUGUAGUCAGUUAAUGUAUAUCAGAUUCAUAGUUGAGGAGCCUUUGUAUUGGAAUUGUAUUGCAUUGUAUUUAUAAUUGGUAGAGAUAGGAUCUUCUAUUUAAAAAAAAAAAAAGAGAGCAACCAGUCUUAGACUUCUAUUUACCUAUGUUUAUAUAAGCCUGCUGGGAAUCUUUAUUUCCAGCUCAGGUUUUCCUGUCCACAGCACAUAAGUCAAUAUUUGUUUGUAGUUGCAUCUUGAAAUAGUUCUUGUAUUGACUGACAUAAUGCAGAAAUAAAUUCCAGCCACAGUAUAGUUUUCCUUUGUUUGAAGGGUAAGAGUGUGACUAAUGUGGUAGGUCACUCAUUCAUGUCAUGUUGUCAUUUUUGUAUCAGGAUUGCAACUUGCAUGUGUGAGGUCAUGAUAAAAUGUGUUUUAAAUGGCAUUAGACUGGAUGGUGCUAUGUAACAUUACACAACUGACCAAACUCUUCCAUAGUGCAGUUCCACUCCUUUCAUUUUGGAGUCAUUGGAGAUGCACCAGGAAUAAAUUCGAGCAAUUAGUUAGCAACAGUGGUGAAAUGUUGUUACAGAUUAGGUUUAGGGUAUGAAAAUACUCAAAAGCAACCACGGUGAUGUGAGAGCCUGAUUGAAUCCUAGCGUGACUGAAAACCUUACAUGGAUUUUGGUAUCACACAAAUGCCUAGGGGUGAGUGACCCUAGGCCUUUGGUAAGAACACAGUCACAUUUAGACAUUAAUUUUGAAUUACUCCUUUUUUUGUUGUUGUUUGAUUGUUCAGGUUUCAGGCUCAAUGUCAUUGUGUUUUCUGAUGACCAUGCCGUUUGCACCGUGGGUUGUUAAUAGUUUAUGCACUGAAAAGUGGUGGAAGAAUUACUUAAGAACACACUGCUCUGUGUUUGUGUGUACGUACGUAUGUGUCCCAAUGUCCAGCAUGUAUAAUUUACCUUUUUUUUGUUUUUAAAUCUCAAAAAUUGUCCCCCUACUCCUACCCCUGGAGCAGCACUUUUGGGUGAGAGGGAGAAACACUUUUUUCUUUCCUCCCUCUUUGUUGUUUUAAUUGCAUACCUGUGAGAUAUGCAGAUAAUGUUAGGGCAUUUGCAGUGAGUGUGUUUAUGUGUUUCUGCUCUGAAAUAAUUUUCCAAGCAGAAACUCCCUUUGAAAUAAUGUUAAAAAAAUAAUUAAGAAAUGGUGAACUGGAUGCUCCCUGUUUGCAUUUUAUUUAUCUGCUAAGAUCUAGUACAUGAAAUAGCAUUUAAAAGACAAAAAUAAAGGUUGAGCCAUAAAGCGAAAGGUAUAUUCUCUGUACUAUAGACUUCCUUCUUGAGGGUGGUGCAUGUUGUCAGGGUAAGCUACAGAAUGUGCAGAUGGUUUUUCAGGGCCCUGCAAUUCCUUGCACAGUUUUUAAGCUGGUGCAUAUGGUGCUUUAUAAUGCAAUUUCUGAAGUAAAAUUACCUUAUGCUGCACCCCCUUCCCCUUGUGAACACACGCACAAUUUCAGAAUCGUUAUUGUAGCCUCUGGUUUAGCAGUUUCUCCAAGGUGUGGUGAAGUACCAGGAUAAACAGUCGAGAUGAGCUGAGAAGUGUCACCAAAAGGGAUCAUUUUAGCUGACGCACAUGAAGGGCCCUGCUCUGAACACUGAAUGACUUCUGCAGUCUCCUGGCAGCAGCGAAGCGGCUCAUCUUCCGUGGCUCUGCGGAGCACCGGAGGUGGGGGAAGCAGCGAAAUAUUCAGUGGCUUUAUCAUGGACCUGUGUGGCUAAAUGUUUCUGGAUCUAUGAAAUCCUGUUGUCUUCGGUCAUCAUGCUUUGUCACCGUAAAACCAAUGAAAAGGAAAAAAAAAAGCAUUUUUUAGUCUAAUUUAAGGAGCUGCUUCUUUUAUAGCACAUAAUAUUUCGCUUUGUACUAUAUUUGAUAGUUAAAGAAUAAUUUAGUCCGUAGAAUAACUUUGUUGUAUUUGUACUGUUCAUGAAUGUUACAAGAAAAGUGCUUUACUUUGUUGCCAUAAUUCUCUUGUACUGCUGUAAAAUAUUUUUUCUGCUUUAUGGAAACUUAACUCGGUUCACAUUUUCAGUACAGGGUUUUUUGUGUGUAUGUAAUUUUUUUUUGUCAGUAUUCUGAAUGUUUACAUCUGUUCAACAUUAGCCAUUCUAUGCCUUUAUAGGGCAGUAUUACUCCUGCAGUAUAACAGCAAUGUGAAAUCCACUCGUACCUAACAUGCAUGAGAAAUACAGAUUUAUUGGGGAGAUCCCUAACGUGCAUAGAUACUUUUUCUAUCUGCAUUCAGUGAAGUAAAUACCCUCCUUCAAUCCUCUACCAAAGAAAAUGUUAUCCCCACAGGACAAGCUCGGAAAGUCGUUCUCUGAAUUUUCAGAAGGGGGUGUAGUUGGUUUCAGCAAGAUUGCUACAGUUUAAUGCUGUUAUGCUUUGCUUUGUUACCCCACCAGAUGUGACUGGGUGAAACAAGCAUUUUAGCAAAUUUUUGUGUUUCAAGACAGUGUUUUGUUUAGAAUUCAGGGAUCAUGCUUUCUUUAAUGGUGCUGUUUGUUUUAUUAUUUUUUUUAAGAAAACAACCUUUUGUUGCCUACAGAAAUGACCAUUCACAAAACCAUAAAUUAAAUAAAAUAAUUUGUCUUCAUAACUUUUCUCCCUUUCCUUUCCCCCUUCCCUGUCCCUUGAAAAUAACAACUUGGGCUUCAAUAUUAAAAUAUUCUGGAAAAAAAUAAAGAGAUAAAAUAAUAUUUGUCAUUUGUUUAUUUAUUUUAUGUUCAGUGCCUUAGGCAGGAGAUUCUCCUUGUGCACAUCUGUUGUAUGUACAGGUUGAUGAACUAGAAAUGGGAGCAAGAAGU